AUGAAAAGAGCUCCAACAACUUGUUUCUCUCUUCUUCUUCUUCUUUUUCUUAUUUUUCUGAUUCCAUUGAAGAUUACAUGCUCACCAAGAACACAAGCAGAAGCUCUGCUAAGAUGGAAGAACAGCUUGGUGGUUAAGCCAACUUCUCUGGAUUCAUGGGACAACAACAACAUCAUUAAUCUAUGCAAUUGGACUAAUGUUGUAUGUGAUGGUUCCAAUGGAGAAAUCUCACAAAUACAUCUCUCCAACUUGGAACUCAAUGGAACAUUGGACAACUUCAACUUCACUCCAUUUCUUAGCAUCACUGCCUUCAACCUCAAUAAUUGUAAGCUCUCUGGUUUGAUACCAACAGCCAUUGGUAAUCUCACCAAGCUCACUUUGUUGGACUUGAGUGACAAUGAUUUUAAAGGAGGAAUUCCAGUGGAGAUAAGCCAAUUGUCUGAGCUUCAAUAUCUGAGUCUCUACAACAAUUCUUUUGAGGGACCAAUACCUUACCAGCUCAGCAAUCUAAAAAAGGUAUGGUACUUAUCACUUGGAGCAUGCUAUUUUGAGAAUACAGAUUGGUCUAAAUUUUCAACCAUGCCUUCCUUAACAUAUCUUGAUCUUUAUUGGAACAAAUUUAAUUCAACAUUCCCAAGUUUCACAUCAAAGUUUAAGAACUUGACUUUUCUAGACCUAUCUUAUAACAGUUGGACUGGCUCAAUUCCAGAAUCUGUGUUUUCCAAUCUGAUCAAACUCGAAUCCUUCAAUCUCACAAGUAACAAAUUCGUGGGACAUUUGUCAUCUAAUAUUUCAAAACUUUCUAAGCUCAAACACCUUCAUUUGCAAACUAAUUUCUUUAAUGGGAGUAUUCCUUCUUCUAUUGGCCAACUCAAAAAUUUACUACAACUUGAAACAUUGGAUCUUUCUUUCAACAAUCUCACUGGUCCAAUUCCAACUUCUUUGUGGAACCUCAAAAGCCUCAUCUCUUUUUAUGUAAAUAACAACCAAUUAUCAGGAGUGUUGCCAGUUAGCAUUUCAAGGUUGAGUAACUUGGAGAACUUAUUUGCUUUUACCAAUAAUUUCACUGGUUCAAUUCCUUUAGAGAUUGGAAACUUGAAGAAACUUAAAACAUUAGAUCUUUCUGAUAACCCUUUCACAGGCCCUAUUCCAACUUCUCUAUGGAACCUCAAAAAUCUCACCUUUGUGCAAUUUAUCAAAAAUAAUUUGGUUGGAACCAUCCCACCAGAGAUUGGAAAUCUAAAACUCUUGUCGGAUUUUUGGGUAACCACCAACCAACUAUCAGGAGAGUUGCCUAUUAAUAUUUCCAAUCUCAGUAACUUGGAAGCCUUCUCUGCUUCCAACAAUAAUCUCACUGGUUCGAUUCCUUUAGAUAUUGGAAACUUAAAGAAACUUAAAAAGUUGCAUCUUUCUAGGAACCAACUCACUGGUUCGAUUCCAACAUCUCUAUGGAACCUCAAAAACAUCAUCUCUCUGAACCUUUACAACAACAAUUUAAGUGGAACUAUCCCACCAGAGAUUGGAAAUCUAGAAUUCCUCAAACUUUUUGAUGUUAAGUCUAAUCAACUAACAGGAGAGUUGCCGGUUAAUAUUUCCAUGCUUCGUAACUUGGAGUUGUUCUCUGUUCUCAGCAAUAAUUUCAGUGGGACAAUCCCUAGAGACUUUGGGAAGAACAAUCCAAAUUUGCACUUCGUUAUGUUUGGAAACAACAACUUUGUUGGACAGCUGCCACAAGGUUUGUGUAGUGGGUUCAAUCUUGAAUCUUUUGGUGUAGCUAACAGCAACUUAAUAGGACCAUUGCCUGCGUGCCUGAGAAACUGCACAAAAUUAAACAGAGUAAGGCUUGAUGGGAAUCGAUUUACAGGCAACAUUACCAACGCUUUUGGAGUUCACCCACAUCUCGAUUCCAUUUUCUUAAACAACAACCGAUUCAUUGGCCACAUUUCAAGUAUGUGGGGACAAUGUCAGAAUCUCACCAGAUUGCAGAUGGGCCAAAAUAAAAUCUCUGGUAAGAUCCCUCCAGAACUCGGGAGUUUGACAAAGCUGAAAGUUUUGAGCCUAGAGUCCAACAUGUUGAGCGGGAAAAUUCCAACUCAAUUGGGAAAUCUUAAACUUUUAUACCAACUUAAUCUCAGCAAUAAUGAUCUGAUAGGGGAAAUUCCUACAAGUCUAUCAAACUUGAGUGGGCUAGUGGAUCUUGAUUUGUCGACAAACAAUUUAUCAGGUAAGAUACCAAAUUGGCUAGGUAAUUGUGAAGGAUUGUCAAGCUUAAACCUCAGUCAUAAUAUACUAUCUAGUGAAAUACCACCAGAGCUUGGAAAUUUGGAGUCUAUGCGUUAUGUAUUGGAUCUUAGCAGCAAUUUACUUGUUGGAGAGAUACCAUCAAGCCUGUCAAAGCUUACAAUGCUGGAAAUUCUCAACAUCUCUCAUAACCACCUCACAGGCAGUAUUCCACAAUCUUUUUCCAACCUAAUAAGCAUACACUACAUUGAUUUUUCUUACAACCACUUGACGGGUCCGAUCCCAAUUGGAGCCAUUUUUCAAAAUGCUUCAAAAAGUGAUUAUAAUGGAAAUCUGGGGUUGUGUGGAAAAGCUACUGGACUUAAGCCAUGCACAAGGCAAAGAAACAAAAUAAGCAAUGUUCUUAUUUUGGUCAUUGCUCUUGUUUGUGGCCUAGUACUAUUUGUUACUGUCGUUGCAAUCACUCUCAUAUUGUGUCAUAAAUUCAAAGUGUUAAAUAAGCGAAAAAGAGUUUCCAACAAAAAUGACAUGCAACAAUCAUUGAUAUGGGGGAAGGAAGUAAAAUUCACAUUUGGAGAAAUUGUAGAUGCAACUGAAGACUUUGACGACAAGUACUGCAUCGGGAUAGGAGGUUUUGGCACUGUUUACAAAGCCAUAUUGAGUUCACAUGAGUUAGUUCUUGCGGUUAAGCGGUUGCACAUGUCAAAUUCAAGUGAUAUUUCAGAAGUUAGUCGCAUCAGUUUUGAGAAUGAGAUCCAAACUCUGACCGAAGUCCGACAUCGGAACAUUGUAAAGCUUUAUGGGUUUUGUUCAAGAAACAAUGGUUUGUACUUGGUGUAUAAGUAUGCAAACAGGGGGAGUCUUGCUAAAGUAUUAUAUGACUCAACAGAUCUUGAUUGGGAUUCAAGAGUGAAGAUUGUUCAAGGAUUGGCCCAUGCAAUCUCAUACUUGCACCACGAUUGUUCUCCACCAAUCGUUCAUCGCGACAUAUCCUUAAACAAUGUACUACUUGGCUCUGAUUUCGUUCCAAUAUUGUCAGACUUUGGCACAGCUCGAUUGUUGAUGCCUGACUCGUCCAUUUGGACUAAUGUAGCUGGAUCCUUUGGCUACAUGGCCCCAGGUAAUUACUAUUGUACUCAUUAUUAAUUAGUGCAUACAUGAAAUUUUCAGUACUGUUCUUGAUUUUAAAAAUUUGUUUUGUUGUGCAGAGU